AUGAGUAAUCCAAGAAACAACAGUACAACUAGUGGAUCCGAUACAAUUGUCGAAAACUACGACAAUAACCAUUCUUACAACAACCAUGGCGAUGACGAAAAACACAUCAAAUUUGAAGAAGCUCACCACAUAACAGUCUGUGAAAGAACUGGUCCACAUACUCCCUCGGAAAGUAUCUAUACUGUUGUUGGUGAACAUUCACUUCAGCACAAGGAACUUUCGGAAAAACUCGAUAAUGCGCAAAUCCAAUCCAAUGAGUUGGCCACUAAACUAGGUGAUGCACAUUUCAAUCAGCUUCCAGCCCACCAGAUCAUUAUAAUUCUACUCACACUUUCAUUGGCUAACUUUGUCAGCUUUGCUGAUCAAACAGGUAUAACCGUUGGUCUCUCCGAGAUAGGAAGAGAUUUGAAUGCUGAAACGUCCAUCAAUUGGGCAGGAUCUGCCUCUUUGUUGGCAAACACCGUAUGUCAAGUACUCUUUGGUCGAUUGUCAGAUAUUUUCGGUAGAAAAAAAGUCAUCAUGACAUGUCUCAUGAUCUUGUGCGUUGGUGACAUUGCUUGUUCUGUAGCACGAAAUGGUAUCGAGUUCUUUGUGUUUCGUGCAUUGGCAGGUAUUGGCAAUGGAGGCGUCUCCUCGUUGUCCAUGGUGAUUCUUAGUGAUAUUGUUUCCUUGAAAGAUCGUGGUAAGUACCAAGGUAUCUUAGGCUCAAGCGUUGGUAUUGGAAAUGCUGUAGGACCAUUCAUCAUGGCUGGUUUCAUUAAACAAUCUAGUUGGAGAAGCUACUAUUACUUUUUGGCACCAUUAGCAUUCUGCGUCAAUAUCGUCUUGUUUUUUUCAUUGAAAAGUAACAAAAAGCUUAAUGAUGUCAUCUCAAGAAAAGAAAAAUUCAAGAGCAUUGACUACUUUGGCAUCCUCACUGCAACAAUAAGUUUGACUUUGAUCCUUGUACCAUUAAACGGGGGUGGGUCAACGUAUCCAUGGAACAGCCCCACAGUUAUUGCAUUGUUCACCGUUGGUGGCGUGUUUUUCCUCAUAUUCUUUGCUAUUGAAGUCAAAGUAGCAAAAUUACCCAUGAUCCCAAUGCGAUUGUUUAAAAACUUGUCGUUAUGUCUUAUUUAUACAGCAACGUUUUGCUUUGGUGCUGCAUACUUUAGCUUCACAUACUAUCUUCCAUACUAUUUCUCAAUAGUCAAAGGUAAGGACGAAAUCCACACGGCAAUCUUUGUCCUCCCCUUGGUCUUGUGUCAAGCAGGUAUGUCAGUUGUUGCUGGUCAGAUUAUCACAUUCACUGGUCGAUACUUUUACGUUGUCAUAUCUGGAUAUGCACUUUGGCUUACAGGAUGUUGUCUUCUCCUUUUAUGGACUGAGACAUUACCUGAUGGCAUAAAUAUAUUGAUCCUUUUGAUCAUGGGUUGCGGAGUGGGAUUCUCAUUCCAACCUUCAAUGGUGGCAGUACAAGCCAACUGUAAGAAAGCUGAAAGAGCAGUUGCAAUCUCAACAAGGAAUGUGCUUAGAUCAUUAGGUGGAUGCGUUGGAAUUGCUGUUGGAUCAACAAUUGUUAGUAAUUCAGUUCUCGCAUCUUUGAAAACUGACAAGGCAAAGCUGGCAUUAUCACAACAAACUAUUGAAUAUAUUCGGGGACACAUCUACGACAAAGUUGACGUCUCGGUACUCACUGCAGCCCAGACCCAAGAAAUUAGGUCGAUAUACACAGACGCCUUGAAAAACUACUAUUAUUUCUUGAUUCCAUUGAUGGCAAUUGCAUUGAUAACAAACCUCUUUGUUAAGGAUAACGGAUUGAGAAGUCUUGAUGAAAAGCCAGAGUCUGCAAAAAGACAAGACCUUGAGUCAUCUGCUAGCUCAAUGACAUUGAAACCUUGA